UCACGAUUUCCCCUUUCUCCCUCCAGCCGCCAUGGAGUUCUCCGAGCUGAUCAAAACGGCGACGGUGGAGAGCGUGCUGCUGUCGUGCGCGGGGCAACCGGCGGUGAAGGGCACUCUGUGCAUCACCAGCCACCACCUGCUGCUCUCUUCCUGCCCCGGCGGCGAAGGGCAGCCCAGCGCCGUGGAGCUCUGGCUGCUCAUCCGCAACGUGGACGCCGUGGAGAAGAGAGUGCAGAAUGUAGGCUGGUAUCAGCCACCCCGCAGCGGCGGCUCCCCGCGGGAUGACAGGCUGGCCGGCUCCUCCGGCACCAUCACGCUGCGCUGCAAGGACCUGAAGGUGCUGCAGCUGGAGAUCCCGGGCAUGGAGGAGUGCCUGAACAUCGCCAGCUCCAUCGAGGCCCUCUCCUCGGUGGACUCUGUGAUGAUGAUGUAUCCCUUCUUCCACCGGCCUCAGAGCCUGCGGCUGGAGGAGGGGUGGCCGCGGCUCCCCAUGGAGCAGCACUUCCAGCAAAUCGCCACGCAGACCACCCAGUGGCGGCUGAGCGACGUGAACCAGGACUUCGCCGUCUGCGCCACGUACCCUCCGGCUGUCAUCGUGCCGGCGGCCGUGAGCGAGGAGACCCUGCGGAGGGCAGCCCGGUUCCGGCAGGGCGGGCGCUUCCCCGUCCUCAGCUACUAUCACACCAGGAACGGCACCGCGAUGCUCCGCAGCGGGCAGCCGCUGACCGGCCCCAACCGCAAGCGCUGCCCCGAGGAUGAGAUGCUGCUGGGGUCGGUGCUGGACGAGGGCGAGCGGGGCUUCAUCAUCGACACGCGCUCAGCCCAGACGGCCAAACAGGCGCGGAUGACGGGAGGCGGCACGGAGCCCAAAUCCUCGUACCCGCAGUGGAAGAGGCUGCAUCGGCCGCUGGAGCGUGGCCGCCCGCUGCAGGAGAGCUUCAUCAAGCUGGUGGAGGCCUGCAACGACGCUUCGCUGGGCAUGGACCGCUGGCUGGGCCGGCUGGAGAGCUGCCGCUGGCUGAGCCACGUUAAGGCGGCCCUCAGCACGGCCUGUUUGGCUGCGCAGUGCCUGGACAGGGAGGAGAGCUGCGUGCUGGUGCACGGAGCAGAGGGCACAGACACCACGCUGCUGGUGACAGCGCUGGCGCAGGUGAUCCUGGAUCCAGGCUGCCGCACACUGAAGGGCUUCCAGGAGCUGCUGGAGAGGGAGUGGAUCCAGGCUGGCCAUCCCUUCCACCUGCGCUGUGCCCGCUCUGCCUACUCACACGCGCGGCUGAAGCAGGAGGCACCGCUCUUCCUCCUCUUCCUCGACUGCGUGUGGCAGCUGAGCCGGCAGUUCCCCUUCUCGCUGGAGUUCAGCGAGGGGCUGCUCCUCACCCUCUUUGACAACGCCUACGCCUCCGACUAUGGCACUUUCCUCUGCAACAAUGAGAAGGAGAGGUGUCUGUGCAAAGUGAAGGAGAGCACGCACUCCCUCUGGGCCUGGCUGGACCAGCCUGAGGAGAGGAAGAAGUACCUGAACCCCCUCUACUCGCCCAACCCGCUGGUCAUCUGGCCCUCAGUGGAGCCCCAGAGCAUCCAGCUGUGGCAAGGUUUGUUCUUUCGCUGGAUCCGCUCAUCCCAGUACCUGGAUGAGGCGUGGGCAGAGAUAUGGCAGUUGGUGGAGGGCAGCAACACGGCUGUCAAGGAGAGCACAGAGAACAGACUGAGCCGCUCGCUUUCCGACCCCGCUGCCCGGCUGGAGAACGAAAGAUGAGCGGCAGCACGAGCACCACGUCCUGGAGAUCAUCCCCCAUCACCAGGGCUGAUGCACCAAGGCAGUGCUGCGGCUCUGCAGGAAGCGCUGUGCGGGACACACACCCUGCAGAGCCCCGAGGAGCCUGCACAGAGCAGAGCUGUAGGGCCAUCCCUGGGAGAGGGGGACGGACUCAAGCGAGCUUCCUGUCAGCCACGCAGCCUGAGCACAUCACAGUAAAGUGGUCUCUCUCUCACAGUUUGCUCCUGCUUUCCAUGUGUGUUCUCUGGCCAGAGCUGGGCUGUUCCUGCUCUGCUCCGUGGUGGGAUUUCAGCAGCUCUCGUACCUGGACCUGGCAGCAGGACGCCCAAGUGCCCAGCAGCUCUUGCUGCAAUGUAUCUGGCCCGUGGGCCCUGCCCUGUGCCCAAGGUGUGGUUGGCACAGCAAAGUCUAAGCAGCAGAACACACUAAGCCCACGCCAUUAGUCUCUCCAUAAAGGGCAUGCUGGCUGCAGGUUGUGUUGUAUCAGUCGCUCCAAGCUGGAAGCCAGCCUGGGAGAUCUGCCCUUGAACCCAGUUUCAAGGAAGGAAGGACAGAAACCACCCCUCCAGCCAGCAAGACAGAGGGACGGGGUCUGGAAGGAUGAGGAUUUGCAACACAACCCUCCUAGUGCAGGAAAUAACUGUUCCAUGAGGAAAGUUGGCUCAGAGUCCGCCCAGCAAAUAAACAAAGCACUUGAACUGA